AUGUACCGUCGCUCGCCUGUGUCAAACCGAUUCUGGGAAGACAAGCGAGUGGAUAUGUCGCAAGUGAAAUGCCCUGCCUUUAUCCGAGGAUUGGAUGUCAGCUCCAUUCACACUAUAGGUUCUAUUCGAGGAUAUUUAGAGGUUCCUCAUUCGAACAAAUGGAUCCAAUGGGGUAGCAAGCAGGAGUGGUAUGAGUUGUACAGCAUACCAGAAUCUAUGAAUGAGCUAGGACUCUUCUUUGACCGGUAUCUGAAAGGAAAGGAUAACGCAUGGGAAAAAACACCCAAGGUUCGAUGGUCGCCACUGCAGUUUGGAGAUCGUGAGGCAAUCGACGACAUUGUUCUUGAGGAUUUCCCGGCUCCCACCACUGAAUACCGACGACUUUUCCUUUGA